AUGUCUAACCCGCCCAUCAGCCUCUACGGCUCCUCGUACCCCGUCGCCAAGGCCGCCCUCGAGGCCGCCACCGCGUUCCUCCACCAGGCCCAGGCCGCGCCCGGCGCCGACGACUUGCCCCAUGCGCGUCUCUACGAAAACAUGAGCCCUCUUUCCACGCAGGUCCAGUACGUAUGCGACAUUGUCCGCAACCUGGUCAAUCGCACCACGGGGCAGGACAUGGGCGCGGCGUGGGCGGAGGACUCGAGCCUCUCCUCGCUCGACGACAUGCACGGGCGCAUCGCCGCGGCGAUGAAGCUAGUCGACGCGGUCGAUGAAAAUACGGUCAAUGGCAAGGCAAACGAGACAUUUACUAUGGAGACCAACAGGUAUGGCACGGUGCACGUAUGCGUGCACACGUUUGUUUCGACUCAUGUGCUGCCGUAUCUGUUUUUCUACUUGGGGAUGACGUAUGGCAUCUUGAGGAAGGAAGGCGUGCCUUUGCAAUUGAUGGAUUACAUGGGCCCUUUUAACAAUAUUUCGAUAAAUAAGCCAGGAGCAGUUUGA